AUGUCUUCCACCAGCGCCCCCUUUUUCCCAACUAUCAACCUACCUCUCCCCAUCCUAAUCCACUCUGUCGGCCUAAGUAUUCUAGGUCUCUAUACCACAUUCUCCUCUCCGGGCUCACCCCGCACCAACAAGACUAAGAAUCCUCAAAAGAACGGUACGCCUGCCGCUGAUCCCCCUUCUUCGCCCAUGCUCGGCGUGGCAACCGCUGCGAUUGGUAUUUGUUAUCUUUUCACCGCAUACAUGCCUAUCGAGGAGAACCAGUUCCUCCACGCUAGUGUGCCGAUAAGGGUAAUUUUGAGCUGCAUUAUGGGAUGUAGGCUUUUGCUUGAUAGCGUUAUGGGAGCUGGGAAGUCGAGGUUGAAUCAGAAGGAUAGGAAGGCUUUGAUUGGUUUGGGGAUUUAUGAUGGGGUUGGGGGGUUGAUCUUAGGGUGGACGCUGGGGAAUUGGAGCGGGAGAGUGCCUGGGUGGUGA